AAUAAUUGAGUGAAAUUGUGAAUUUUAUUUUUUAGCUCUCAAUUUUUUUGUAAAAUCUACUGGUAACUGGGACAUUCCAUUCAAAUUAGAAAUUAGAGAAUACUAAACUUUAAUUGGGCAGUGAAAUAUUCCAAUGUAUUUAUAUCCAUAGUGUUUGAAUAGGGAAUUGCUUUCAGUAAAUCUUAAUCAAAAAUGUUGUAUUCCAUUGCUUCUGUAUUUUAAGGAUGUUUCUUUACUUUAAUUGUGAAUUUAUACAGUGCAUUUACUUCUGAAUCAUCUGUAAAUAAACAAAAAACGAAGGUACAAGCAUGGAGACAGACGAGGACAUAAGCCGGGGGAACCUGCUGGACGGCAUGCCGCCCAUGAGCUGCGACGGCGGCAUCGAGGGCGCCGUCGGCACAGGCUCCAACGACAUCGGAGACAUGACCUUCUGCAUGGGCAACUAUAUCUCCGACUUUAUGAAGAUGAUGUUCACAAUGCGGUCCCACCACAUGCUCACAGAUGUCGUGUUAGAAGUCGGCAAUGAACUAUUUCAUGUACACAAAGUGGUAUUAGCAGCUGGUAGUCCGUACUUUAAGGCGAUGUUCACGAGCGGCCUGAAAGAGAGCGAGAUGUCGCGGGUGCGGUUGCAGGGGGUGUGUCCGUCGGCCAUGGCGUGGCUGGUGUACUUCAUGUACACUGGCAAGGUCAGGAUCACAGAGGUCACGGUCUGUCAGCUGCUGCCCGCCGCUACUAUGUUCCAGAUCGCGAAUGUGAUCGAGGCGUGCUGCGCAUUCCUGGAGCGGCAGCUCGACCCGUCCAACGCCAUCGGCAUCGCCAACUUCGCCGAGCAGCACAGCUGUGUCGACCUCAAGCAGAAAGCCAACCAGUUCAUCGAGAGGCAUUUUAGUCAGGUGUGUCAAGAAGAAGAGUUCCUGCAACUGACGCCGCAGGAGUUGAUAUGUCUCAUACGAAAAGACGAGCUGAAUGUACGAGAAGAACGAGAAGUGUACAAUGCUGUUUUGAGUUGGGUGAAAUACGACGAGGACAGGCGGCACCCGCGUAUGGAGCACAUCUUACAAGCGGUGCGGUGCCAGUACCUCACCCCCAGCUUCCUCAAGGAGCAGAUGAGCACCUGCACCGUGCUGCGGAAAGUGCCCGCCUGCAGGGAAUACCUCGCCAAGAUCUUUCAGGACCUAACCCUACACAAGAAGCCGGUAGUAAAGGAACGUCGACCGAACACACCUAGAAUCAUAUACGUGGCCGGAGGGUACUUCAGACACUCGAUAGACACGUUCGAGGCUUUCAACCUGGAUGACAACGCGUGGACGACGUUACCCAGGCUGACUGUACCCAGGUCCGGAUUAGGCGCUGCAUUUCUUAAGGGUUUGUUCUACGCGGUGGGCGGGCGCAACACGUCGCCGGGCUCGUCGUACGACAGCGACUGGGUGGACGUGUACAACCCCGCCAGCGAGCUGUGGCGGCCGUGCAGCCCCAUGUCCACCCCGCGGCACCGGGUGGGCGUGGCCGUCAUGGACGGGCUGCUCUAUGCCGUCGGGGGGUCCGCCGGCUCCGAGUACCACAAGUCUGUCGAAUGUUACGACCCAGAAACGGACAAAUGGACGUCAGUAGCGCCGAUGGGGUGCGCGCGACUCGGCGUGGGGAUAGCGGUUGUCAACAGACUACUGUACGCUGUGGGCGGCUUCGACGGAGCCAGGAGGAUCAAUACCGUCGAGUGCUACCACCCCGAGAACAACUGCUGGACUGAAGUCGCCGCUAUGGCUGUGGCGAGGAGUGGGGCGGGCGUGGCGGCAAUGAACCAGUACAUCUACGUGGUGGGCGGCUACGACGGGUCGGCGCAGCUGUCGUCGGUGGAGCGCUACGACACGGAGCGCGGCGUGUGGGAGCCCGCCGCGCCCGUCGCCGUGGCGCGCUCCGCGCUCUCGCUGGCCGUGCUCGACAACAAGCUCUACGCCAUGGGUGGUUACGACGGCACGUCGUUCCUGGACAUCGUGGACGUGUACGACCCGGCCACCAACACGUGGACCAGCGGCACGCCGCUGACGUCCGUGCGCUCGGGACACGCCUCCGCCGUGUGCUACCAGCACGUGACGCCGCACUCCGACAACAGAGAACAAACACCCACGGUCAUCAAGAAGCUAGGCAAGCGACCCUCCGCGCCCGGCCCGGGCCCCUCCAACGCCUCGGGUACACCUAGAAACGACGACAUACCAAUGGCGAACAAUAUCAUAGGCACAUUAUCAAAUACCCGAGUAUGCUUAUAGCAUAAGUGAUAGUAGACAUUCCUUUUCCAAUUAUUGUGAGCGGUUGUGUAUUUGAAAGAUUAUGUUCAAGUCCGUAGUCAGGAGACCCAGGUUUGUUAUGAGACCGGUUAUUUGACCGAUUUUGUUUCGUCAUGGACAUAAUGCCACAUUUUAUAACUACCCACCAUAUUCUACUAGUUUAAAUGUAUUUUUCGUAAAAGACCCUGCUACGGACAAACGAUUGACGAAAUAAAACAUAACAAGACAUCACGCCUAUGUCCCCAAAGGGGUAGGUGGAGGUGUAUAGCAUAAAAAUAUGCAAUAAAACAUGAUUGGUUAAAUUUAGUUUCUCAUAAGUUGACUUUGCUGUAAUUUAUGUAAUAACCUAAAUAAGGCCUAGUCCUACACGUAGUGGGGAAAUAUACCUCUCUAAUCACGCCAUUAUCAUUCCGUCUACAUCUUUUAUGAGAUAUAUUCUGUAAAUGUUUUAUUUCGUUAUACAGUGUGCAAUACAGUAGACAACUUCAUUGCAUAGACGCAACAUACGUUUCAGUCCAUUUUAUAAUGCUCGAGUGUCAUAAACAGGUGAACAAGAAUAGUGAUAAGUAGCCAUAUGAAAUGUUAAUUGUAUUUUUAAGCAAAUAGGUAAUUUAAAUUGUAGAUAAAUAUAUAUAUUUGAUAAGUGAUCAGUUCAUUUGAGGUGCUAUUCAAAUAAAUGGCAAUUAAUGUUAUUUGUGCAUGUUUACAAUUUAGAUAAGUUUAUAAUUUUGUAUUUUAUACGUAUUCCAUUGGUUUUGUAUGUAUUUUUUACAUAUUGCAUGUAUGUGUAUCAACGUUUUGUAUAUGAAGUACAUGUGUCGUAUUCCCCAGCCGUUGCUACUCGAAUUUAUGUUUGGCCAGACCGUAAGACAAUAACUGCCAAUAAUUUGUAUAGUCGAUUUGUUGUGCUGUAUUGAAGCUAUUUAGCGUGAUUUUAUAUAGGAAAAUUGUAAAUAUUAGUGAGAAAGGAUUAUUUAUUACUCAUAAGGACAAAUAAAGACUGUUACGGGAAUAA